AAAAAAAAAAGAUUCAUUUGGUUUGAGUCUCUCUUUCACUUUCACACCCCUCACCGUCUUCUAGUUCCAUGUAACACCACGUCGCAAGAAAACAAAACCAUUAAGGGAGAGGUGAGGAAAAUAUGGAGCACUUUCUUGUGGUGGUCCUCCGUUUCUCUCUCUUUAUCUCUAACACUUUUCCUCCUUUAUAUAAUUCCUUUGCCAUCAGACCAUUGCAGCUAUUCUUCCAUGGAGGGGUUGGAGGCAAAGGUGGUGGCGAGGGGUGAGAGGUUGAAGAGGGAUGUGGUAGAUUGUGGUGAUAACGAAAAAGGGUACGUGGAGCUUCGGCAGGAGAAGAAGAAGAAGAAGAAUAAGAAAGAGUGUGGUGAUGGUGGCAUGCUGUGUUGUCAAGCGGAGAAGUGCAACGCGGAUCUGCAUGAGGCCAAGCAAUACCACAGGAGGCACAAGGUGUGUGAGUGUCAUGCCAAGGCUCAGGUUGUUCUUGUUCAUGGCACCAAACAACGGUUCUGUCAGCAAUGUAGCAGAUUCCACGAGUUGUCUGAGUUUGAUGAUGCAAAAAGAAGUUGCCGCAGGCGUUUGGCUGUACACAAUGAACGGAGGAGAAAGAACUCUUGUGAUCAAUCUCAAGCAGAAGGGUCAAGCCACCACCACAAAGGGUCAGAGGUCCCUCAACUGAAGGACAUUGCUUGUGGUCAGGCUAAUGAAAGGGGGAGAACUCAUAUAACGAUACAGGAAAAUUCUGCUUACAAAAAGUUUCAAAUAAGAUAAGAUUUGCUUUGUCCUUAUGUUGCUCUCUCUCUUCUGUCAUCUUGGUGAAACAGUUUCUGUGUCACAUUCACGCUGAAGAUUGUAUUUAGACAAAUAACUUCAAAAAUAAAACUAACUUAAUGGUGCUGCAGUAGAAUUUUUUCUACUUUCAAAUUCAAUCCCGGAUGCUACUAACAUUGGUUCUCUCUUUUGGUUAGAGAAAAUAAAGCUACAUGCACAUUUUGUCACCUAAAUAUAGCUUUGGCCUACACUAGAGCUCAAGUUGGCUAUGAGAAUCCUUUUUGCCAAUUUGCUAUGGGAUAAUAUAUGUGCCGAACGCACAAUGAGAUGAAUUGCUUUUGCAUGCCGAAAGAAGAAAGGAAAAAGAUGGCCUUACUAUAGAAUAAUGCCCUUUUUAUUUCUCCCCUAUUGCUAUUGAUUGAUUCCUUUUAGCCCAAAACUGUUGAGACAAGCUAAAAUGGAACUGUACAAUAACUUCUGAAGGAGAGUUUCAUGUGCAGUGUCCAACUUUGAGAAUCCAACCCAGGAAAAUGACCUAAGGAUAUGUGCAGAUAACAUAUUCGAUUUAUUGUGCAUGAAGAGUGUUACUUCAAUCAAAUGAUAAUUGGUACAUAAAUAGCAUCACUAUUCAGAAAAUGAUGUUUCAAAAUUGACGUAACACGAAUGGCUGAAACUUGUAAGCAACUGAAUUUCUCCUAU